AUGGCGUUGCGCAAACCCUGUCGGAAGACGGUGAACAUCAGAAAGGGCAGCUUCUUUGAAAGGAGCCAUCUUCAACUCUGGCAGAUAGUUGCCCUUUCCUACGUAUGGUCAACUAACUGCGGUCGUGCUCGAGGGCUGUCUCAGGACAUCAUCACGAAGGAAGUUGGAGUCUCGAACAAAACGACGGUGGACUGGAUGCAGUUUUUUCGCGACAUCUGCGUCCAGUACUUCCAAAACCACCAGCAGCAGAUCGGGGGUCCGGGUGUCCUAGUUGAGAUUGACAAGUCUCUUUUUGCGAGAAGGAAAAACAACGUAGGACGCGCCCGACCAGAAAAGUGGGUCCUCGGUGGCUACGAACCCGCCCGCAAGAUAGGCUUUCUGGUCGAGGUCCAGCAGCGGGACGCGGCUACCCUGCUGCCCAUCAUCCAACAAUGGGUGGCACCCGGCAGCAUUAUCUGGACCGAUAUGUGGAGAGCAUACAACAACCUACCAAACUUGCCGGGACAAUACCAGCACGGGGUGGUAAACCACACACUCAACUUCGUUGAUCCGAACACCGGUGUGACUACCAACAGAGUCGAGUCAAUGUGGCAGAGAGCGAAGGCGAAGUUCAAGGCACAACAAGGUCCAACCAACAGAGCCAUGAUAGGCGACUACCUUUGUGAGUUCAUGUGGUCACAGCGCUUUUCGGCAAGUCCACUCUUUCAUUUGUGGACACAGAUUGCCACAGACUUGUACCCCGUCAAUUAA